CGUCGACGCAGCACGAUGCGCGUAUCCGUCAGCACUUGUGCACGUCGUCCGCUGCGCUUCUGCGGAAUUUGCGGGGCUGUAGUCGGACUCCCGAAGACAGACGCCCACCUAGAAAAUAAUGAACAACAAAUUUGACGCUCUGAAAGAUGAUGACAGUGGCGACCAUGACCAAGACAACGUCUCACCGAAAGACUGUGAAAAGGAAAAAAGUGAAGAAGAGGAGAAGGACCCAAACUCUGCCAAGAGAAAAGCAGUGAUUCCGGGGGCAGGGGAACACCCUCUGCAGUAUAACUACACCUUCUGGUACUCCCGUCGCACUCCAGGACGGCCCGCUAGCUCUCAGAGCUACGAACAGAACAUCAAACAGAUUGGCAGUUUUGCCUCGGUGGAGCAGUUCUGGCGAUUUUACAGUCACAUGAUCAGACCAGGUGAUCUGACUGGCCACAGUGAUUUCCACCUGUUCAAGGAGGGCAUCAAACCCAUGUGGGAGGACGACGCCAAUAAGAUGGGGGGCAAGUGGAUCAUCCGUCUGCGUAAGGGGCUGGCGUCGCGCUGCUGGGAGAACCUCAUCCUGGCCAUGCUGGGGGAGCAGUUCAUGGUGGGGGAGGAGAUCUGCGGAGCCGUGGUGUCCGUGCGCUUCCAGGAGGAUAUCAUAUCCAUAUGGAACAAGACGGCCAGUGACCAGGCCACCACCGCACGCAUCAGAGACACGCUACGCCGAGUUCUCAACCUGCCCCCCAACACCAUCAUGGAGUACAAGAUGCACACAGACAGCAUCAAGGCUUGGGAAGACUUCCACGGCCUGGUGAAUGCCAGCGGGGGACGCUAAGCUCUUCUUCAGCAAGUCUAUGCCAAGGAUUUCUUCUAUUUUCUUUUUUGGACGAAGAGCAGUGGUCGCCAGGGAUGAUAGCUGGCUGUUGGACGAGAGGUUCCUGUCUUAAAACACAACAUACAAACAAAACAGAGAUGACCAGUAAACCCACAUUAACCAAGAAUGGAACCAGGACCUCAACAGGGAAGCAAUGUGUUGAAUGGAAACUAGAGAGGAUCGGGAAUCUCAUGCUCCUGAUGCAUGCAGUCCCUACAGACAACCACCAGGGGGCACUCUCAUAAUGACAAACUUAACACUGUCGCUGUGAUCUAGAGAAGAAGGCUGUUGACAGUCUACUCAACAUUUAACCAACCAACCAACCAACCAACCAACCAACCAAGUGAUGUACCGGAGCCGAUGCUCCAAGAUUUUAAAAAGUCUACGGUCUAUGAAUUCUGACAACUUUUCAUUGAGCAGCUGAAGCUGUAUGGAUUUGGCAUAAAGAGAAAAAACAGGGUUGCAGGUAUACAGUUUUACUAAAGUGCAGUAUUUUAACUGUAGUGUUUUAAGUUGUUUGAACUAGAGCUGUCGUGGGGAAAAAUGUUAUAUUUCUAAAACGUUAUUUUGGAAGAUGUACAUUUUUGGGGAAUCAUUCUUGAUUCCUUCCCUUUGAUCUGACAUUUUUGGAAUCCAAAGGUUGAGCGUUGAAAAAAAAAAGGGUGAGGCCCAUGUAGGGUUGUGUGUGUGUACGUGUGCGUCUGUGUGUGUGUGUGUGUGUGUGUCGGUGACGGCCUCUGUAGGAUGGACCGCCAUGCUGCCUGUAGCACUGUGCCUGGCCUCGAAGCCUACCGUCCUUCUCUCUCUUCUCGGCCCCCAAAGAGAUUUUGUGUGUGAUUUUUUUUUUUUAAAGAAAGAUAACAAAAACAAAAAAAACAGACAAAAUCUCCCAGUUCCUUAAUGUCGAGGAGAUGUUGAAUGACAGCUACCCAAAUGCAGAACGAUGAUUGGUCGGAUGCGAUGGAGAUGUCAGCGACAGCUCAUCGAAUGCAGGGUGCUAAUUGGUCACGUGCAAAGGAGAUGUCAGUGAUGGCCUCCUCAGAGCUGAAUGGCGAUUGGCUGCUCUGGCAUUCACUCGGUUCUGAAGGCCUCAUGCACGGUCGUGGGAUCAGCUGUGAACCCUUGUCUUAACCUUAGAACACUUUUGGACUCUAAACACUUGACUGAGCAGAGAGGGGGCCUGGGGGACCUCAUGUGUCUUUACGUACCCAUAUACGUACAUACUGCCUGGACUUCAGAAGAUGGUGCUGGAAAUGGUGGUUAUGUUUAAAACAAACAAACGGAAAAAAAAACAAAGGCAUUGUUUGAUUACAAUUGAUUAUAGCAAUAAAUGUUAAAUAUGCAUCCGCUGCUAA